CUUUGGCACCCGUUCUUCGGGAAUGCCGCCAAGAUGUUGGAUCGUGUAACCUGGUUCCAUUUUCAGAACCUUCAGGACAACUUCAUGAAGUAUUACCGUGCUACGGAGAAGCAUCGUAUUGACGAGAUUAGACUGAGUCGUCUAAGCAUUCUUUAUGGCGCUGCUACACUUAACCGUCGCAUUGAAUACAUAUUUCAAAAUGAAGAAACCAAAGGCAUGGUCAUCUGUGCUCACCUUAAGCAUUCUAAGAUCCAUGACUUCUACAUAAUAGUGGCCUGCCUAAUAUACGGUUACACGCUAUUGCAUACCAACUGGCACGGUGAGACCGAUGAAACCCUACGAUACAAGAUUCGUGUUUCUAAUUGCCGUUUGGUGAUUGUCGACGACGAGAUUGAUACUGAAAGCAUGGUGGCUGACGUGAAGUAUCUACGGCUAUCUGAUGUCUACGCUGAAUCGAUAUACCGCAAGGGACUUUCGUUGAAUAACUACCUGUCGCUAGUCGAUUCCAUGGGAAAGGAACGUUCGGACUAUCGUAUCCAGGAAAUGUUAAGCGACCAAUCCAAGCACGUGGGAUCGAUAUCGCUGGAUUCUGUUAUGAUGAUCACAUUCACCAACGGUGGUGUAUCAGGUCGACCGCGUGCGCGUAAGGUUACUUACGGAGAGAUGGCGCAGCACUUUCGUGCUUUGGAGGCUAUGAACGCUUGGAGUUCUGAUGACGUGUUGGUGGUGUUCAUGACUAACCCAACUUAUGACUUUUUUUCCAGCAUUGUGCUCUACUAUUGCCUUAGCCGUGGCAAUGUGCACAUUUACUUUUUGCAGCGGUACAUGUCCACUUAUUGGAAGAUCCUAUGGGAGUCUAACGAGCAUGCUAAGAACGUUUUCACCCAGCUUGAUAAGAACUACAAGAUUCUAUCGUUCCUAUUCCCACGUCAACUCGAAGCUUUGUUGACCCUUGACGAGGUAGCCCAUGAGUGCCAGAUGUUGCUAAAUUCACCUAUACUAUCUUUAUCACCUCGACCUACGCAAACCCCGAGUACCACAGAAGCUGCUGGCACUUCAGAGGGGCACAUACGACCAGCUGGGUCUGAGGAAACUGCAGCUGCCGAGGUGCGUCAAACUCCAAGGUCAGAGUCACCGUCUAAGAAACAAAGUGCCAAUAUGCCCAUAUCAGGCGAAUCUGGAGAAUGCCCAUCGUCUGUACCAUCACGGUUGAGUACCAUUGGAGCUGCCAAAGCAGGAAUAGGGCGUAUUGCAAAGUAUAUUUGGGGGAACUCUAGUAACAAAUCGGAUAGUGCCAGGUCCACAGUACGCACAGGGCAAACUGCUUCGACAUCUGCCAAGGAGGGUUCAGCUGCCCAACGUAGUUCCAGUGCACCUCGUACUGUAAUACCGGAUACCAAUCGUAUGACAAGUGUCCACAUCCCUAAGCUACACCUGAAGCUUACCGAACUGCGGAACGUCCUAUGUGAUAAGAAUGUGGUUUUCCUCUUAUCAGGUACCCAUGCCAACUAUGCGCUGUGCCGGCUGUUUGCCCGUUUAACUGGUGGCAAGACGCCCGCCGUUCGCUAUGGGUGUACUGAAAUUUCACCCACGAUAACGUUGAUACCGCCUUGUGUUGAACAGAAGCGCUUGAUGGCGCUUUAUAACCUAGGUUUGUCAAACGUCUCUAAUGGUAGCCGUACACCCGGUAUAUAUGUCGGCAACGCAGUAUCGGAAGAACAUGAUUUGCGCGUUGUUAAGUCAAUUGAUAAAAUGGAUCCCAACUUUUUGGUGCCAUGCGACCCUGGAGAACCGGGUUACUUUGUUUGCCACAGUGGUGAUCGGAAGUACAUGGUGCUUCCUAGGGAAUUUAGUGACUCGCUGUUAGAUGACGGCACGUACAUCGGUAUGGACGACAUCGGUUUCUAUUUAGAGGCACUGGACGCCAAGCACUUCUACUGGGCUUACAAAGUUGAUCAUACGCUGCCAAAGGAAAUUGAUUACCCCUACUUUGAACUGCUAUGUACCAGCAGGGAGAUACAACAGGCUAUAUGCAGCCGCUACGACCUCACUGAACCUGUAGUACGCGUGGAAACUGUACAAAUACGCCACAACAAUGGAAGCCCGCGUAUUAUUACAGCAGUGGAGCUGAUAACUAACCUUCGUGCUGAAAUUGCCGAUGACCUUAGGACAACCUUCCUUGACCUCUGCAAAGAAGCUGGUAUAUUCGAAGACUGCCCAGCGCCUGACGAAAUCCGUGUAACGUCCAUUCCGUGGGCUUACAAGGGUGCUGUGAGCUACCACGUGCUGAGUGACCUGUUGCAGCAAACGCACUUAUAAUGU